AUGGCUGGUGCGCUCCAUGGUAUGGAAACCCUUAUAGCUGAUGCUUGCCGGCAACCUCUGGCCGAUAUACGCCAAAGUCAGUUCGAGCUGUCAGGACCGGAUGGAAACAUCAUCCUUCCAAGGAUAUGGGAGGCGACUCUUCAACCUAACUGGACGAUCACCAUACAUUUCCGGCAGCCAGAAAAUGAGGAUCCUCAGCCGGAAAAUGGCCGUGGCGACAUCAGCGAGUAUCGGACCGAACUGGAUCGCCUGGAGAGACGUGUGUUAGAUGAUCGAGAAGAGUGGGCAAGGCAGAGAAUGCAGGAAAGAGAACAGUGGGAGAGGGAGAGGGAGCGUGAAAGAGAUCGUUGGGAGGAGGAGAGAGUGCGUGAAAAGAAUGCCUGGGUGAGGGAGAGAGAGCGUGAGAGAGACCGCUGGGAACAUGAGAGAGCUCAGGAAAGAAUGCGAUGGGAGAGAGAACAGGAGGAGAGUAGACGGCGUUGGGAGGAAACGCAGCAGACGGCAAGAGAAGUUUGCGAAGGGGAAAGAUCAAUGCCCCGAAGGUCAGCAAUCAAUGAAAACCUUUGUUUAUGGUGGCUUGCAGGGAGGCCACCGAGAGACAGAAGACCCUGA